CUUACCUGGCAUAUUCUUCAGUGCAUGCGUAAUUCGCUGCGUACUACUCCAGAUGUCGUCAAGAAGUGUAAAUAGAGCGCGGAGCGAUGUUGUCUCAUAUGAAAUUUGUUGAUGACAUCUGACAAGCGAGUACAUACACUGCGUCACCCUAAAAUAGAUGUCUGCGACCGUCUUCGAGAUCAUCUGGGCUAUUUUACCAUGAUUGACUGGCGCACUAAUGAAGAGCGAGAGACUUCCGCAGAUCACUGCACAUGUGUAUACAUAUAAUAUCUUUCCAUUGAGAUUCUAGAGCCCUACCAACGAUGAUGUAUGUGUUGAGGAAGAAGCAUCUUAUUAACUGAGGCCGCAAGUAUGACCGAUAAUACGCGCAAACCCAUCGCAUCUGCAGUAUACUGACGCUGGAAGAGUAACAUAAUGAUACGUAAGUGGAAGUGAUUCACUCGCCUCCAUCUACCUCGAUGCGCAAAAACAAAAUGCAACGUGCAUAUAAAGAUUCGU